UCUUAUUUAUGAAAUUUCCCAAAGCCUGAAAAGAGAGAGAGAAUCGGAGGAGAAAAAGGAAGCGAUGGACGAGCAAGAGUUUCGCAGCCGUCUCCAACUAUACCCCGUCGUGCGCUCUCGCGACUACCGUGCUGAUUUAGAUUCUUCAAGUUCAAAGCAAUCAACUUCACUCUCAGUUGUUGAGCGAGAGGAGGUAAGUGAAUGGCACGAUGCACCCAGUGUUGUUGAGCCGGAAGACUUGAAAGAUCGGAAGACUAAUCAAGAUACAUUCUGGGAUCAGUUGAAAGCGGCUGCUGAGAAGAAGGUUGGUGAGGUUGAAGCAGAGAGAUUUUGCAAGGCUUUCGAGAAACUUCACAAGAAACUUGUGUAUGAAGAGCUGAAUCCAGAAGCUGCAAAGCGAUACUUAUUAAAUUCUUAAAUUCACGUCUUAAUUACUAUAUGCUUCCAAAGGUUUUGAUUGCGUGGAGAUAUUUCGACUCUCUUUUUCUUUGCUUUUUGAUUAUCACAAUUAGGUAUGAGUGGUCAAAAAUCUCUUCUCGUGUUCAUCUAAUUAUGAUUCUCAUCUUAUAUGGUAGAGAAAGUGAUGUUUGAGACAUGAUUUCUCUUCCUAUGUGGAAACAGCAAGUCUUUCUCAAAUUCUCCAUUUACUUAAUCGGGAUUUUUAAAAUUAA